AUGUCCCAGCCACAUCUCACCUUCCGGGACGCCACGGCGGCCGACAUACCCGCGCUCCUCGCCCUCAUCCAGUCCGCGUACCGCGGCGAGGCCAGCCGCAAGGGCUGGACCACCGAGGCCGACCUCGUCGAGGGCGAGCGCAUUGACGAGCCCGGGCUGCUCGAGAAGAUCUCGGAGCCCAACGGGGUGGUCAUGGUGGUCACGGUCGAGGGCACCGACGACGUCGUCUCGUGCUGCGAGUUCCUGCACCGGAGCGGCGCCUCCUCCUCUUCCACCACGACGGAGACGACGACCGAAAAACAGCAGCAGGUCGGCUACUUUGGCCUGUUCGCGGUAGACCCGAACCGGCAGGCCGGCGGGAUCGGGCGGCGGGUGCUCGAGCACGCGGAGCGCGAGGCGGCGCGGCGCUGGGGCGUGACGACGAUGGAGAUGACGGUUAUCGCGGCCCGGGCGGACAUCAUCGCGUGGUACGAGCGCCGGGGCUACGCGCAGAGCACCACGGAGCCGACGCGGCCGUUCCCGCACGAGAUGGUGGCGCGGAUGCGCGGCGGGCGGGUGCUGCGGGACGACCUGCACUUUGUGGUGCUGGAGAAGGCGCUGUGA